AUGGUUUACCCUCCACAGCAAAGGUCCCUUGCCCUGGCCAUCGCUGGGAAAGCUUUCUCCACAACGGUCUUACAAGCCAACCUACUAGCUUUGCUCGUGCAUGCCUCGAGUUGGCGACUGGUGCGCGAGCGCGCGAGCGCGCCCGCACCAAUUCCACGAGCUCCCCUCGCUCCGCCGGAGGGCAAGGAAGCUAGGCCACAGGGGCAGGAGGACUCUUCGGAUGCCAGUCCGCCCAGCACUUCCAAUCCUUCGUCCUCUCACGUGGGCAGCAAAAGCACGGGUGCUGCUUCCAAAUCUUCCACCAGCAGCACAGGCCGCAAACGCAAGUUUGCUCAAUUUGUGGUCGUCGAGGAUGGUGAGGAUCCGGAAGACCCUGUGCGACGCUGCCUUUUCCCCAAGAAGUCAAGGCGUGGGAGCAACAGAAAGGGGAAGGUGCUCGACAUAGCAACGAAGCUGUCCUACCUGGAGGAGUAUGAGAAGCGCCGCAAGGAUGAUAGCAUCAAGCACCCUGAAAAUACUAUGCUCCAGGAGAAAGGCAAGUUCCCUGGCAUUUGGAGUGGAUGCUUUUCGAAAUGGCGCAAGCAACGAACCCAACAAAACUGGUCGCAGCUACGCAGCAAUCUCGCGGGCACGGCCAAAAGGGCCAAGCAGGUACCGCGGUGGGCGCUGGCGGCUAUGCAGGUCCCACAGAAGGGGUCCGGACGCACGCCUGGCAAGCUGCCGGACCGCGUGCUUUGCAUCGUGGAGGAGGUGCUUUUGCAGCAGCUACAGCUGGGUGCUGAGAUCACGGUUCCCGCGGUGGCAAACCUUAUUGGCACGUGCAUUGACAUAUGGAACCAGGAGGUGCAGCAGCUGCAAAGUGGGCGCGUCGAAGCUGCAGCCGCGCGGGACUUGCCACAGCUUUGCCAGCUUUCAUUGUCCAAAACGCCCACGAGCCUGUACAAGCACGCGGACAAGUUCCUUCGCAAGUUCGACUUUUCCGUCCACAAGAUCUCCAAGCCGGGCAAGCACUUGCGGAUGGAUGCUCCACAAGUGCUUGCGGUCAAGGAGUUUGUCUAUGGUGCAAUUAGGGACGGAAAAGUGCAUCCUCUCCUUGUCGGAAACUUCGACCAAGACCCGCAGCGGAAGGGCGAGCAAAGGGAUCCGCAACUCAAGCCUGGUCGCCAUUUCCGACGGGCGGCGCUCACUCGAAAGCUGCGCACGGAAAUGGGCCUGGAAGCUUCUGCAACGGAGGAGGAUCGCCACAAACUCAAGGAGGACGAUGGUUACUCCCAAAUUGGAUGCAUUUCCAAUUGGCGAAUUCCGCGCACGACAACCACACUCAGUUGGCGCAAUGGGGAGUUGGGCCGCCUCUUCAUCACUGUCGCGGACAGCAAAGUCUCGGACGCCCAGCUCGAGGAAGCCAAGUCGUUGCGAGGAUUCGCCCAUGUGGAGCGGUCACACUCGACCACCCACAUGUGGCGCGGCGAGACAACCAUCAGGUACCUCAAGUUCUUGAAGGGCGAACUGGAUGCCCGCCGCAAGCAACAUGGUCUCGCCUUUGAGGAUGGCGCGUUGAUUCUGGCCGACGAUGCCACUGCCCACAGCGACCAGCAUUUUGCUGAGCUCCGCAAGGUUUGGGAAAGCGAGAACAACUGCAUCCUCCUCGGUUGUGACAAAUCGCAUCCCAUCCAAAUCCCCGGCGGGUUCGGAGCUGCAGGGGCCCCCAAUCAUCAAUGGCACCAAUCGUGGCGCUUGCUGCGACGAGCUUGGUUGCGCAGGGCAGUGGGGUCCGGCAAUCCAGCUUACGGUCGCACGCUGCAGGAGGCGCAAUUCGACCUCCGGGGUGAGAUUUGCAGCACCUGCCCCUUCAUCACAUCCCUGCAAUCAGAUGUUUACGCGCUCCAAGCCUUGCGCACACACCGGUCCGGCAACAUUAUCAUGUCGGCGUGGCAAAAGCUGGGUUACGUUGAUAUUGAAGAGCUCGCGAAGAUGAAUUUCGCCGGUGAUGUGCCUGCAGCGGAGGAGGCCAUGCAGCACGCUCGUGGAUCUAUGGCCGCGCUGAUCAACUUAGACGUGCUGCCGAGCCUCAACCUUGCAGAAGCGGCGAAGGACUUGGACUCACAGGAGGUGGCGAACGCAUUGGCUGGCAAAAAGCACGUGUGGUGGCAUCACGACAGUGAUGACCAUUGCAUUCCUCUGCCGCAAUGGGUGAACACGUCUUUGGAGUUCGCAAUCAUGGAGUACGUGAAGGAGCAUCAGAAAUGGCAGGCUCAGAUUGCAGCCAGAGGGGCGAAGGGGCUCACGGCAGCUGCAAGUGCGAAGUACGAAGCCUGGAAAGGCAAUCCUUACCGGAUCUUGUUGCUUGAUCCAGCCCGGAAGGCAGCGCUCAGCAAGGGGGAAAGGGCCACAGCAAACUCCAAGGCUGUUCAUCUCCGACUGUCCAUGGACCCGGAUCAGUUGGGUUUGAAGGCGGGCGAGAGUUACCGCACGCUUUUUGUCCGUCAGUACCUCGAUGGGGAGGAAUUCCCUCGGUCUUCAGACCUGGACCCAAGCAUUCUGCAUCCCACCCAGCAGCAUGCGGAUGAUGCAAUUGCGGAGGAGGAGGACCAGCUGGGAGGAAUGGAUGAGGAACCUUUGCUCGAGAUGGCAGAGCACGUCGCAGGGGAGGCCUUGGGCAGGGUUGCCCCGGAACAGGUGGAGGCUGCUGGCCUGGACUGGGAUU